CCCCCGGCUCGCUUUCCCCAGCUCCGCUCCCAGGCGGGUUUGGCUGCUGGCGCAGGCGGUGAACACCCGCUGCCAGCCCGGCUGCCUGGCUGGCCAGCUGCCAGUCUCCCCGCUGCGGUCGGGCUUGCGCAGCGAAUGCGUCGCUGCUCAUCUGACCAGCACUGCCGGCCCGCGUCCCUGCACCCGAGCCCCGCAGCCGGCUGGGGUGGCGAGGCCCGAGCUCAGCAGCAGCAGGCAGCAGGAGAGCAGUCACAGCUCGCUGCAGCUCGCCACGGCUCCCCGGCACCAGCUCCUGCCUCCUCCGCAGAGCACCACGUCCUACUGAGAUGGCAAGCAUCCAUGGGGCAGAGUCCGACGUUGACGACGCAGCCAAGCCUGAAGAGGCCAUCUACGAGGAGGUGACAGCCUGUGAGAGGAUGGAGCUCAGCCAGCGGUUGGCUGUGGAGGAGCUCAUCACCACCGAGGCCAGCUAUGUCCACAACAUCCAGCUUUGUGUGUCAGAUAUCCGUGCACACCUCCAGAAGAAGCAGCUGCCUGAUCUCGACCUGGAAGGACUUUUUUCUAACACUGAUGACAUCCUCCAUGUCUCUAGACGGUUUCUGAAGAGGCUGGAGGCCUCAGCCACCCAGGAACAUGAGCAGCUGCUCUACAUCAGCAACCUGUUCCAGGAGUUCAAGGACGAGAUGGAAACCGUCUACAAGAUCUACUGUGCCAGCUAUGAGCAUGCGCUCCUUCUGGUGGAGAGCUACCGCAAGGACCCCAGGCUGCAGGAGGAGAUCUUGGAGACCCUGAGUGCAACAGUGCCUCACACAGGCGCAUCAGACCUCAGCUUCUUCCUGGUGAUGCCCGUGCAGAGGGUCACCAAAUAUCCUCUGCUGCUGGGGAAGAUCCUGGAGAACACCUCGACCAGCGCCAGCGCCUACCCAGCCCUACAGGCAGCUGUCCAUGCCAUGGCCCAGGUCAAUGCCAAUAUCAACGAGUAUAAACGGCGCAGAGAAGUAGCAACCAAAUACAACAAGGCUGAGCACCUGACCCUCCGGGACCGCUUUGCGCGCCUCAACACGCACUCCAUUGCCAAGAAGACCACACGCCUGAGCCGUCUCCUCAUGCACGAGGCUGGCAUUGUAGCCAAGACAGAGGACAAGGAGUAUGAUGACCUGGAGGAGAAGUUCCAGUGUGUGGUAUCCAGCGUGGCCAUGCUGAAGGAGAAUGUGGCAUCCUACCUGGGUCAUUUAGAGGCGUUCCUGUUGCCCACUCCACACAAGCGUGAGCUGCAGAUCGACGAGGGACCUGCCCAGCAAUACCGUCGCUUUGCAGAACACCUCCAUUGCACCGUUUUCCCAGAGUUUAAGCGACGGCUGGACAAGCUGGUCUGCCAGCCUCUCUGCAGCCUCUCAGACAUGCUGGUGGGGCCACAGCAGCUGGUCAAGAAGCGCCUGGACAAGCUGCUGGACUAUGAGGAGAUACAGGAACGGAAGACUGAGAUGGGCAGCGUAACGUAUGAUGAGGAGGCAGCCAUGAACACCUACCUUGCCAUCAACGCCUUGCUUGUGGCCGAGCUCCCGCGAUUCAACCAAGUGGCUCUGCAACUCUUAGGGCAAAUAUUGUGCUCCCUCAGCACCCUGCAACGGGACUUGGCUGCCCAGGUCCUGCAACAGGCAGAAAAGGAGCUGGAGCAGAUGCCCCAUAGCCACAUGCCUCUGCCCAGUUUCUGGAAGAUGAUGGAAGACACCUUGAAGCAGUCUGGUGCUCAGCUCCGUACCUUCUGCCAGGCAUUCGAGACAGUCACUCUGAUCCCAGAGGCACAGCCUCUGAACCCUGCUGAAGAGCGAAAGGUCCUUUCCCUUGUGAGCAAACAUGGGCCAGACAAGCUUUACCAAGUGACAAGCAACAUCAGUGGCAGCAAAGACUUGGACCUGACCUUGCAAAGAGGACAGAUUGUAGCUCUGCUGCAAAGCGUGGACACUAAGGGGAACACGAGCAGAUGGCUGGUGGAUGCUGGAGGUCCCCGAGGGUUUGUGCCUGCUGGAAAGCUCCAGCCCUAUCGGCCAGUACAAAGCCAGCAGCCUGGGAUGCAGAUGCCAACCCUGGAGACCAGCACAGAGAGAAGGCGACAUUCAUAUGCAAUACCUGAAGCUCCCAGGCCCCAGGUGGCCACCUUCACCCCAGCUUUCCAGGUGGUUGCCGGCUUCUCAUUCACAGCCCGGAGUCAGCAGGAGGUGAGCCUCCAAGCAGGGCAGCCGGUAGUGGUGCUGGAGCCACACGACAAGAAGGGGAGCAAAGAGUGGAGCCUGGUGGAGGUGAACGGCCAGAGGGGCUAUGUGCCCUCCAGCUACCUGAUGACCAUCCCGGUGCAGGAGCCCGCAGGCUGGAGCUUGCCUGUGUGAGCAUGGCCAGCCCACAACCAAGGGCAUAGGCUUCAUCGGAUGAGAGCUGUCUGCUUAGCAGUCGAGGUCUUGUUGCAGGAGAUGCUGGAGGGGGGUGGCCCCAGACUGGGAUGGCGGUGGGAAGCAGCUGGCAGAAUAUGGCCCAAGGGGACGUGGGUGUGAGAAAUGGCGACUGGGAGGCAUUUUUUAAUGGGUAGAUGUGAGGGUGCCAUGUCACAGACAUGUUUGCACAGAGGAAAGAAGCAUGAGGGAGUGAGGGCAGGUGGCUGCAGUUUUCCAGGUGUUUGCUGAAAUCCGUGUCAGUGAUAGAAGUGUUCCUUUAGGGUGAGGAGGCAGCAUUGCCCCCCGAAAGAUGAGGAUGGGGCUGCAAAGGGUGCAGUGCUGCAGAGGGGGUCUUCAACCUGGUGUGGAGCAUCUGGGGCUCUUGGGAGAGGGGCUUUAGGAGCAGAGCUGACAGUGAAUGCAGAGGCUAAGGUGGAGCAGCCCUGGAGACACAGCUUCCCACUCCUCACCUGGACACCACGUCUGCCUGAGCGCCCACCUUGCUGUGCCAUCAUGGUCCUUUCGACAGCACAGCCUUCACACCUUGCCAAAGGGCAUGGCAAUGCCAGUCUGCACCGGGCUGCGCUGUCAGCAACGGGAAGGUACCAAGCAGAGCCCUGUGGCCAGGGUCCUCCUCAGCCCUUGUGGCCACUGAGCACUGCUCCUGUCCUCAGUUUCCCCCUGUGCAGCAGGGAUGAUGGUACUGAUCCCUUGGAGAGGACUUUGAGCUCUGGUGAUGCGAAGCCCUAUGUACACCACUGAUGCUGUUUGGUGGGAGUGAUCUGCUGACAUUAUUACACACUGUACUGGCUCGCUGCCCCGCCGUGCUGCUGGGCUCGCGUCCUGGGGUCAUGCUGUGGGGCCGGGUCAUCGUGCUGUGGGGCUGUGCCAUGAGGCUGUGCCGUGGCCCGUGGCAUGGGGUCAUUCUGUGGGGCUGCGUUGUGGUGCUGUGGGGCUGUGCAUUGGCCCGUGGCAUGGGGUCAUUCUGUGGGGCCAUGCUGUGGGCUGUGUCUUCAGGUCUGUGCUGUGCUGUGGGUCUGUGCUGUGGGGAUGUGCUGCGGGGCUGUGUUGUGCCUGUGCUAUGGGGUUGUGCCUGUGCCGUGGGGCUGUGCUGUGGGGCCGUGCUGUGGGGCCAUGUGCUGUGCUGUGGGUCUGUGCCAUGGGCUGUCUUGUGGGGCUGGGCUGUGGGCCUGUGUCGUGGGGCUGUGCGGUGGGGCUGUGACUGUGCUGUGGGGCUGUUCCGUGGGGCUGUGCCUGUGCCGUGGGGCUGUACCAUGGUCUGUUCCGUGGGGCUGUGCUGUGCCUGUGCCGUGGGGCCGUGCCGUGGGGCUGGGCUGCGCCACGGGCUGUGCCUGCGCUGCGGUUCUCCGCCGGUGGCCGCCAGAGGGCAGAGCCGCCCACGGCGCCGGGCGGCGCGGCGCGAGCGGUCGGGGCUCCGUGCCUCAGUUUCCUCACGGGGUGCGCUGGGGCCGCGCCCUCACCCGAUGCUGAUGAGGCUCAGGGCAGGGCUGGCGGGGGGGGGGCAGAGCGGAACUCGGGGGCACCCUCAGGGUGCAGGGAGAGCUCAGCCCCUGGUGCCAUGCUGCCCACCCUUGCCCGCGGGUAGGGGAGCGUGGCAGCACCCACCCCAGCAGCACCCAUCCCAGCAGCACCCUGGCGUCGAGCGGGCUGCCCUGGGCUUCCCGCAUCAAAGAUGCACUGGUGUGGCCGGCGAGCGCUGGCACGCUGCUCCUGCUCCCUGCCCGGCAGCCCACGGGCUCCCCACAGAACGCACUUGGGUGGCGAGGCGGCUGCGGAUUCCCGCUGCGCUGCCCUGCGGCCGGGCAUGGGGCCCGGGUGGCGUGUCCUCAGCCGAGCUUGCACCACGUGGGGAGGGAUGGUGUGGGGACAGGCAAGUGGGGACAGGCCCCAGACACUGCUUCGCUUUCGCUGUGCCCCCCACCUGUGGGUCUGGGUCCAGGUUCGGGGCGGAUUCGCCAGUGGGGCUCAACCUCCUUUGUUCCUGCAGGGUUUUCCAGCAGGGAGGCUGGGGGCUUGCUGCCUCCACCCGGGGGAAAGCCCCUGGCAAGUGUUCGCCCACACGAAGCCUGGGAAGGGGCAGCAGUGCUGAAGCUAGGGAAAUUCCUUGGGGUUGCUCCUAGGCUGGG